UAUAAUAUAAAAUAGGAGAUGGGAGCUCUGCAAGGGUUUUACGGUGAUUCUUGGGCCAUUUCCGGAGUGUGACGAUGGAGCUUCUCCGAUCGGCUGAUGAGCAGGAAAUUUUGAAUGCUUUCAAAUCUAUUUGCCUUAACAAAGCACCUGGUCCAGAUGGGUUUUCUUCCACUUUCGACAUACAUGCUUGGGAGGUUAUAAGGAAAGAUGCUAUUCUUGUUAUCCAAAGUUUUUUCUUUGGGAACAAUCCUGCCUGUUUGCUCAUGGAUUGGGAGACAGUCUUGCUUCAGAAAGUUUUGGCCUUACAAUUCACACGACAUUUUUAUUUGCACUUUGUGUACAUGUCUACUUUGGGUAUACUGAGUUGGGUUGGUAUAUUAUCUGUUGCGAUACAUGUAUUUCUGGAGGUAAUAUCUUUUUUGUACUUUUUAACUUUUUUUGGUGUGGAGUUGUAAUGCGGAGAGAGGAACCCUUAGGCUUUAUUUGUAUUUUUCUCUCUUUUUAGAAGUGCUCCUCCUUCCCUCCCCAAUUAUGUACCUUUUUUCCUUUGAUUAAAGCGUAAGGAGCCACGAG